GCCCCGACCUUGGGGCUGGGGGGCUGGGGGAUCGGGACCAUUCUGGUGGAUGGGGCCUCUGCAGCGAAGAGAGGCAGGCAGGGCUGGGGGCUGGUGGGGUGGUGUUUGUAGUGACUAGCCCCAUAUCUCAUGGCCAGUGUGAGGGACCUCCCCCCAACCGGAUAGCUACUGGUCUGGCCAGAGAGCCCUUAAUCCCCAGCAGGCCUUGGCCGUGGGCUCUGAUGCCGGCCCAUCAGUGUGCCGCCCCCGCUCCCUGCCUCCCCAAAUGGCCCCCCAGCCAAGGCCAGAGCCGCCUGCCCACCUGCUGGGCCCAGUGCUGCCUCAGCCGGUCCAGCAUGCUGGGCACCGUGAUCCUGCUGCUGGCCCUGCUCCCAGGGACGACCACCGUGCCCAGCGAGCCAGCUGCGUCCCCGUUCCCCGCGGCGCCAGGGCCCAGGCUGCGCCGACCCCUUUUCAGUCUGGAGCUGUCGGACGCGGAGGACGCCUUCCCGCGCCGCGCGGGGCCGCUGGAGGUCCCGGCCGACAGCCGCGUGUUCGUGCAGGUACGGACGGGGGGCUCACCGAGGCCGGGUGGCAGCCGGUGGGGGCAGCCGACCCUGACCGCGACCCCGCCCCCCAGGCGGCCCUGGCCCGUCCCUCCCCGCGCUGGGUCAUGGCCCUGCACCGCUGCUCGGUGACACCAUCCUCACGCCGGACCCCUGGCCCCGCCCUGGCGCUGCUGCGCGGGGGCUGUUCCGCCGACUCCUCGGUCACCUUCCCGACACCGCGGCCGCUCCCAGGUGCCGCUCGCCCCGCGCGCUUCAGCUUCCGCCUGCGCCCGGUCUUCAACGCCUCUGUGCAGUUCCUGCACUGCCAGCUGAGCCGCUGCCGCCGCCUCCGGGGAGCCCGCCAGACGCCUGCGCCUCUGACGCUGUCUCCACCGUCGCCGUGUCUGCCUCAGGAUGAGGCGUGCGCGGGCGCCGGCAGUGGCCGCGAUGAGAGUCUGGGUGCCGACAGCCCUCACCUGCACACGCUGACGCAGCCCAUCGUGGUCACGGUGCCGCGGCUGCCCCCCAGGCCACCCAAGGGCGUCCCCGGCACAGCCGUGCGACCCGAGCCUCCCGCGCCGGCCCCGGGGGUCCUGGAGCCCGCGCCGGUGGUAGCACUUGUGUUGGCCGCCUUCGUGCUGGGCGCCGCUCUGGCCGCCGGGCUCGGCCUCGUCUGCGCUCACUCAGGUACCAACCUGGGUCCGCCGGGAUCUCCGCCUGGGCCCCAGCCUAUUCCCACGAGUCCGGACCCCUGGUCGCAGCGAUCCCAGCCUGCUCGGGCCUGACCAUCCCUAGACCUGCUUCCGCUACGCCUGCAGCAGCCCCCCAGGGGGCGCCCUUGCCCCGGCCCAGCGCGCGGCAACCCCUACUCCUCAGCCUGCCUCUCC